AUGGCGGACCCGGAGAUGGAUCAAUUCGCGCAGACUCGCGGUGGCGACGACCUAUUCGACGACGAGAUCAUUCCUGUCUCUGCGGAGGACCAGCGGACGCAAACCGAGGUCAUUGCCCAUGAGCCGGAGCCCGAGACUCCGGAUGUACAUAUCCCAGAAACUGUGACUGCCCCUGCGACUUCGACUUCGACCGCCACCGCGACCGCGACUGCCGAAAAGUCUACUUCACGUGGAGACGCUCCGCAGCGGGGCCGUGGCGGAGAAAGAGGCCGGGGUCGGCGAAACCGGGGCAAAGGACGUGGAGGACGGGAGGCAGAUCAGGGGCGAUCGGAGAGCUCUUCUCGCAAGAAGAAGCCAUCUAAUUCCCCCGCGGUCAAUGCGCGCGAUGCCAGCCCCAUGCCUGACAAGACCGAUGAGUCUACCGAACAGCCUGCCGCAGAGGAAGGGAACGGCGAAGAAGGGGCAGUUGGCGCCGAUGCUCAACGUGUGCCUGCCGUUCGUGGGGAUCGAAGUGCGACUGGAGGUUUGAGAAAGCCAAAACUCACGGAAGAGGAACUAUCUAAGCGCAUUGCCGCCGCUAAAGAGAACGCUAUUAAGAAGGCAGCUGCUCAUGCGCGCGCUGAAGCCGACCAGGCGUCCUUCGUGGAGCGCGAGCAGGAAGCGGCGAAGAAACGCCGUGAGGAGCUCGCGCAUCGCCGUGUAAUGGAUACCGAGCGCGAGAAGAACAGACAGCGGAAGCUGAAAGCCCAAACUGGACGUGAAUGGGACUCGCAGAAACGAGAGGAAGAUUAUAAUCCCCGGGGCGGUGGCAGCCAGUUCCGGCGCGGUAUGCAUGGUGGUGUCUCUGGCGUUGCGCGACACGACGUUGAAGAAAACCGUACCGAUGGUGCUGCCGAUCAGGCUGGUGGCCAGCGGGGCCGUGGUCGAGGUGGACGAGGAGGUCGUGGUCGGGGGUCUCCGCGCGCUGCACCGGUGGAACGAUCGGGGAAUAAGGGACUUUCUGGAAGUAUGUGGGCGGAUAGUCCUGCUCAACCGGUUGUUGACGACAAGGACGAGUUCCCGGCUCUUCCGGAGGGCCCCAAGAAGACUGAGAAUAAGCCUGAGACCAAGGUCGAGACCAAGACUGAGCCCAAAGCCGAACCCAAAGCUGAGUCGCAGCCUGCCCCGGCACCGACCAAGCCAGUGCCAUCUCUGGACACUCUGGAUUCGACCUUUUCCCCCAUCACGGGCAGCUGGGCGGAUCAAUUUGACGAUGAAUGA